AUGGCUCCACAGCCGCCGCCACCAUCAUCAUCAUCAUCAUCAAGAAUUUGUAGACACCAAGAGCCACAUUUACCAGAUGAGUGUUGGGAAUUAAUUUUCAAACACAUCAGCGACCAUCUAGAUCACGAAUCACUCUCCCUCGUCUCACGCCAGCUCCUUUUCCUUACCAACCGCCUCCGCACCGACCUCUCCGUUCUCGACCCUGUCCCCCCUCUCCUUCCCGCCCUCCUCCGCCGUUUUCGCAACCUGACGACCAUCAAAAUCACGCGCUACUUCACGGGUGACAUCAACGCGCUCCUCUCCCAAAUCGCUUUGUUCGACCUACCCUCACUCCGUUCCCUCGACCUGUCCCACCAACCCACCUUCCCCUCACAUGGGUUGCGACAAUUCUCCCAAAAGUUUCCAACUUUGAAGUCACUCAACUGUUCCUUCACGCCUCAGGAUUUGGGCUUAAUUGUCGAGUGCUUCCCGAACCUCGAAGAAAUCGACGUGAGUUUCCCUCCGAAUAAUUCUGAUGAGAUAACAGAUUAUUCCCGUGUAAUGGCCUUUGCUUCAGGGCUUAAGAAGCUUAGAAAGGUGAAUGUUUCAGGUAACCGUAAAUUUCGGAACUCUCACAUUUUCACCUUGUGUCAGAAUUGUCAUUUUUUAGAAGAGCUUAUUGUUCUUAAAUCAACCAGCAAGCUUAGUGUGAUAAGACAGAUGGCUAACGCGAUCCGUCAGAGACCCCAAUUGAGGUCUUUGGCUUUUAGCGGUUCGCAUGAUAAGAUUUCGGAGUUCAUUGAUGCAUUGGUAAAUUUGAAGGGUUUGACUUGUCUUGAGUUGUCUUGGUCGUGCAUAUCUGACGAGGUCUUGUGUGCUGUUGCGGAAGAAGGCCUUCCCUUGAGGAAACUCUCUCUGCAAUACAGUAUCGGAUAUGGAUACCAUGGGAUUUCUCGCUUGUUGAGAAAGUGUAACCAUUUACAAUAUUUAGAUCUUGAGAGCACAGAAUAUCUGAAUGAUCAGCGGGUGGGUGAGUUGUCUUUGCUUCUUGGUAACUUAAACUUUGUGAAACUUAAUAGGAAUAGAGAGCUUACUGAUUUGAGUUUGUUCGCCAUAAUGCGUAACUGCCCUUUGAUAACUGAGAUCAGGAUGGAAAGUACCUGUCUUGGGAAGAAGAAGGUGGAGGAGAAUUUUUUGGUUGUGAAUUAUUCUCAUGUGAAGUUUCUCUAUUUGGCUAAUAAUUUAACUUUGAAGUUCCUACAUUAUUUGUGUUGA